GGAUUCCUCGUCUUUAUACAAAUAAAUGCUGCAACCUUGGCAGAUUCAGACUCAUGCACUCAAAUGCUAGAAAUUUAAAGAAUUUACUAGGAUAAUUAGGGUUCAUAUAAUGUAGAUCGGCAAUUAUCUGUGUAAAAUUUGUGGAGGAAAACCAAUCAGAUUUGGCAAUCACGAGAAUAAAUGAGAUUUAAAGAUAGAAUCACCAAAAUCUAUCAGAUUUAAGGAAAAACAAAAAUAAAACCAACAAGACCUGUUAUUCAAACCAGAGACCAGAUUGUUCUGUUGAUUUUUUUUUUUUGGAAACAUUCUGUUGAUCUAAUUUGGUUGUUUUUUUCCUGUUUGUAUUAAUUAAGAAAAAAGAAAAAGGAGAAUCCUAGUCUCUCCCUGAAUUUUGUUAGUGUCUCUGCUGGUUCAGUUAACAUGGUUUUGAUUCAAUGGUUCUUGGACAAGGGAAAUGCAACAGUUCAUGAGUAGUGGAAGGGCAGUUAUAACAAGUUUGUUAGCAGUCUCUAGUCUUUAACUCUUUCCACAAGAUUAGGAGAGAAUUUCUCUACAUUUGUGGAGGAAAGACCCUGUCUUUCUCUCUCCGAUGAUCUGUUUACUCUAACUACUUCCGCAUCCACAUAAAAUAUCAGAUGGAGUAGAAAUGGAGCGCAAAUUAGUAGGACACUUAGAUCACUGUAAGUAAUGAUGAUGAAUAGACUUAGUUUUGAAUCUCUUUCUUCGGUUUCAUCGGUGAAAGAACCUCCGGCAGACAAUGUUGAUCACGACAAGGUAAGUAUUGUAAUUUCUUCUAAUUCACCAUCGGCAAUAGCACCAACAACAGAGAAUAGUCAGAUCAAAGUUAGCAGAAGUUUUUCGUCAUCUCUUGUCAACCAAGUUAUCAAGGAAGAGGAACAAGAAGGGGAAGAACAGGAAGGAGGAAUCAACAAAAGAAAGAUGAUGAAGAAAAGAGAGACAAGUCCUGAUAUACUGUUAAACGAUGAUGGUUAUGAUCCCAAUAUAAAAAAAGCCGGUGGAUGGAAAACCAUGCCUUACAUCAUUGGGAAUGAAACAUUUGAGAAAUUAGCAUCAAUGAGUUUGACAGCGAACAUGACAGUGUAUUUAAGAACACAAUAUAACAUGGACGGUUUAACGUCCGUCAGCAUUGCCAGCAUUUGGGGAGGUACUUGUAAUAUUACAACACUCUUGGGCGCAUUCGUAUCUGAUGCCUAUUUAGGACGUUAUUGGACUUUACUGACUGCUUCUAUCAUUUAUUUCCUGGGUAUGGGGAUGAUGACUUUAACUGCAGCUAUACCAUAUUUAAGACCACCUAGCUGCAAUAAGCUUACCGCCAUAUGCCAGGAACCAGAAAAAUGGCAACUUGGAGUUUUGUUCAUCGCUUUAAUACUACUCUCACUGGGUGCUGGCGGCAUUAGACCAGUCAACAUCGCAUUUGGUGUUGAUCAAUUCGAUGUGACUACAGAAAAAGGGAAAAAGCAAGUCGAAAGUUUCUACAAUUGGUAUUAUUGGGGAUUCACUAUAGCUUUAAUUGUUGCCUUGACUGUUGUUGUUUAUAUUCAAAACAACAUUAGUUGGGCCUUGGGGCUUGCUAUCCCAACUGCUAUCAUUCUGCUCUCUAUCGUCGUAUUUUUGAUUGGCAGCAAGCUUUACAUCUGCGUGAAACCAAGAGGAAGUGUUUUUAUUGAUGUAGCUAAGGUGAUCUCGGCUGCAUUACGUAAAAGAAAAAUCAAGCUUAAACCGACUUCUGAGCACACCCUUUUCGACAAUCCAUCAAGAGAUCUUACGGUAGAGAAUCUUUGUCUCACCAAUCGGUUUAGUUGCUUGACUAAAGCUGCAGUGAUUACUGAGCAAGAUUCGUUUAACGAUCAAGGAUUGCCAACAAAUGGAUGGAGACUUUGCAGUAUUCAGCAAGUUGAGCAGUUUAAGUGUAUUAUAAGUGUUAUGCCAGUUUGGGUGUCUGGAAUUGCUUGUUUCGUCUGUAUGGAUCAACAAAGUACUCAAGGAGUGCUUCAAGCAAUUCAAUCAGAUACAAGAUUUAUACACAAUUUUCACGUCCCACCAGGUUCAAUGGGUAUUGCAGGUAUGAUCACAUUAUCGAUAUGGAUACCUAUUUAUGAGCACUUAGUCUUACCAUUGUCAAGAAGAAUGAGCAAAGAUGGAGUAGGGAUAACCUUAAAACAUAGACUGGGAGCAGGAAUUGUGAUGUCAAUCAUUUGCAUGGUAGUUGCCGGAAUCGUGGAAGGAAGAAGAAGAGAGAGCGCCCUAAAGAACCACACAUUCAUUGCACCAAUGUCAUUCGCCUGGCUUAUACCGCAAUACGCAUUAUCAGGUAUGACAGAAGUGUUUACGGGUGUCGGAAUUAUGGAAUUCUUGGCGAAACAGUUUCCACCAAGUAUGAGAACUUUGGCUGGUUCUUUAUUCUUUCUUAGUUUAGCUUGUGCAAGUUACGUGAGUUCGUUUCUCAUGAAUCUGAUUCACAGAUUAAGUCAAUCUGCAUCAGGUGAUAAGGAUGGAAGUAAUCCUGGAUGGUUAGGUGGUACUGACCUGAAUAAGAAUAAGUUAGACUACUACUACUUUAUUGUUGCAGGAAUUUGUGUUUUAAAUUUGCUGUAUUACAUUUUUUUUGCUAGUCGUUAUGUUGAUACAAGUAAGAAGGAUGAAGAAGGAGAGAGAGACGUAGAAUUGAAUUCCUAGGUAGUUUCAUUAGCUUGUAUUCUUUGGUUUGGUUAAAACUAUAUAAACUUCGUUCCUCUCUUGUUUUUAGAUACUGUCCGAUGAAUUAUCGACUUUUAGUCUACAGGUUAUGUACAAUGCUUACAUGAUAUGCUAUAUGCACU